GAGUUGAGCAGUUUAUAAAUUUGGUUGAACACCCGUAAGAAUUACUAUUUACUACAGCAUAUAUACCAUCCCAGAAUUUCGUUGAAUCUCUGGCAAGCGAAAUUUGAGGAAGAGGGUUCAAAGAUGUUGAUCACAUUAAUUGACAAAGUUAUUUUUGUCAUGAAAAUUUAAUCCCAAUCCUCAUUUCUUUGAGGUGAACCUUGAGCAAUCUCUGUGGAAGAAGAUUUGGGAAAAAUUCUUUCAAAAGUGAAGCCUCUUUAUUAUCUCCCUUGUAUUUGGCGGGAGUCGAGUUCAGAGAUCGAAUUUUCCAGCUCCGACUCCAGAGCCAAAGAAAGACGAUAUCAAUUUGAUGUUUUAGCUUCGAAUAAAUUGAAAAUUGGAUAUUGUUUCUGUUUUUGUUUGGGUAAAUGGAUGAGCGAAGCCGCGACUGGGAUUUUUAUCUCAGAAGUUUAUCGAAUAGUGCCAGAGACUCCAAUACUGCCAGUGAUCCCGCUUCUGAUUCUUCUCUUGUGCAUUCCGUUAAGAAGCUUCAUGAGUUAUGUAAAGCUGAGAAUGCAGAGGAUCUUGUUGUAAGAGUUUAUCCACAUAUUAACAAGCUUUUUCAACGCUCAGUUGCUUCACUGUCACAGUCUCGAACAUCCAAUGGCCUUCUCUUACUGGCGAUCCUUCAAUUUUACCUUGAUUUUGGGGAUGUGGUUCUACAUGAUGCUGAUCCCAGUUUAAGGACAUUCUUGCGAACAUGCUUGAGCCGUGAGUUUGCAGAUCCUGUUGUUGCAGAAGCAGCCCUUGACUUUUUGAAUACGAACAAGAGAAAGCUUCUUAGUACUUUUCCUACCUUACUACCUCAGUUCUUUCCGUUAUUGCUAAAACUGAUUGCUUGGAAUGGAGAAAAUUUAGAGAAGUCAUUUAUGAGAGUUUUUCCUGGGUUGAUAUCUCCUGGGUCAUUUCUUCCUCUAUUUCCAUCAUUAGUGGACUUGCCAAUUUUAGUAGUAGCAUUGGAAAAAGUAGAGCGGAGCUCAGGUUCACUAGUUGGAAAUAGCAUAGCUUCAAUCCAGAAGAGUACGGCUCCUGAGAUGCUACUUGCACUUAUGGAUGAAGCUUAUACUGGAACAACAAUAGGAGAUGGAGGGGGAGACUCUGAAUCUGAAGACAGCAGUACAAUUGAUGUUGCUGAUCCUGUGUUCCUUGACCUUCUAAAGGAUGAAAAUGAUGGACUUGCUGAACGCCAAUGGAACUCCCCUGGGAUGGCUGCGGCACUGCAGGCUGCAAUCAACACCACUCAGUCUGAUAGGCUAAAGCAUGUACUGAAGAUAGCACCUCGACUCAUUGAAGUAUAUUUUGCCAUUGCACUACGUGAUGUCAAUGACUCAUUGAUAUGUGCUUUGAUCUCCUUACUUAUGUCUAGAAAUGCCACAAUAUUUCCAGACAAAAACUUUUCUUUCGAGGUUAGAAAAAGGUUUCUAGAAUUCAUGCUUUCUUCAUUUCAGCGUUCACCAAAUUUUAUUGCACUUCUGAAGAAGCCCAUAAUGGACAGGCUUGCAGAAGCCUAUGAUAGCCCAGAAAAGGCCGAGUUAGCUUUGCAGCUGUGUUGGGCCAUAGGGGAGCAUGGUGGGGGUGGUGCGUCUCACAAAGACGCAGCUCGUGAGCUUUUCGAGAGUUUAGAGCUACUCUUAUAUGAAAAUCUUACAUCUAGCCGAGUAGGACUAAGGGAAUCUGCAUAUGGAUCCUCGAGCCAAAUCAUCAGGAAGUCAUCACAGUCGAGGCUUCUAUGUUUUGUUGUUACAGCAAUAGCAAAACUUGCGACGUACCAUCGUGAGUUACUACCGAGGGCGCGUGUUUCCUUGGGAAAGGUAGCCCGAUCUCGGAUUUCAGAUGCUAGGGUUUCAAGGCGUGCUCGUGAUUAUUUGGGUUUAAUGAACGAACCAGCAAUUUCGUUGUCAAUCUUGGGGCCUUCACGACCUUCGAAUGUACAUGAGCAGAAUCCAGGCACUAUGAAGUGGAGUGAUGGUUCGACAAAGAUGAUUGCACAUAUUCCAUUUUAUAUUCUAGGUUCACAAGAAGGUCCGCCUGCCCAUGAUUUUUCAUUUUCAGAUAUUACUCCUAGAAGAUGAAAUCAACUUUGUUUUGUUGUGUGUUCCUGGAAAUUUGGCAAUGCCUUGUUUGUUUUGGACAAGGAACAAGACAGUUUCCAGCUUUAUUCAUUAAGAGUUCUAUUUGCUAAGCCCAUUUAUUUAUAUGUAAAAUAGUUUCUAUUCUUUGAACUAGUUUGAUAUUAUGUCGUGAUGAUACUCAGCAAUAAAGAAUCAAGAAAGUUUUUUUUUAA